AUGUAUCCCUUUCAAAGAUUCAUGGGUGAUUCAAAGCGAUCAGUGAAAAAUAAAGCUAAAUUUGAAGGAUCAAUAUGUGCACAUUAUUUGCAUCGGGAAACAUCACAUUUUUGCAGUCAUUAUUUCAAUCAUUUGAUGUUAACUCCAAGAAUCAUAAGGAAGGAAUUUGAUGUUAACAAAAGAAGUCAGUUUACCUUGUCAAUCUUCGGUCUUCCCGAUCGCCCCUCUGGAAAGGAGAAUGUGCAUUGGCUGACCCAAAAAGAAUUGCAAUCUGCACGCAUUCAUGUUCUAAUCAACUGUAUUGAAGUUAGGCCAUAUCUUGAGGAACUUAACGCCUCUUAUUUUCAAAGCACCGGUGAACAAGCAACUACUGGUCACAUACAUGCAUCUUUUCCAGCAUGGAUCAAGGAUCAAUUGUCAUGCAUUGUUGCACCGACUCAAGAAAUACUUCAUUUGCGAAACUUAUCUAGAGGGCCUGUUCAAAGAAAGGAAAAAACCAUAUAUAGUGGUGUAUUUGUUAAAGGAGUUACAGAUGGUGGUGAAGACGACUUAUAUGGCGUUGUUACGCAUAUUUACGAGUUGGCAUACAAUUACUUGGACUCGGAAAAUAGAGUUGUCUUGUUUUAUUGUGAUUGGUAUGAUCCAUCUGCCAGGGGCACAAAAAUAGAUAAGAAAUAUAACAUUGUUGAUAUUCGAAUGGACAGAAGGUACAAAGAGUAUGAUCCUUUCAUAAUGUCACAUAUCGUUAGACAAGUUUAUUAUGUUCCGUACCCUUCAAUUCAGUCACGUAAACAUGGAUGGUGUGUUGUAAUCAAAACAAAACCAUUGGGUCAUAUUGAAACUGACGAUCUAGUGGAAGAUGCUGCUUACCAAGAACAUGAAAUUUCUCAAAUUAAUGAUGCGGUUGAAGUUGAAGAAAUUACAAAUUUGUGUGAUACAUUGGCCGAGGGUCAUCAAAUUGAUGCAUCUGUGUUGUUGGUAGAUAAUAAUGUGGAUAAAGAGCAUGAAGAGUUUGGAUUUGAGGACAUUAUUGGAUCAGAUGAUGAAAAUAUAUGGACGAAGAGCAUGAAGAGUUUGAAUAGAUAG